AUGGCGUUCGACAAUGUGCCACACCAGAGGCUCCUACAUAAACUUAACAAAAUAGGGAUCAGUGGCAACUUCCUUAAAUGGAUUGGAAACUUCCUUGUGGGUCGACACCAGGUUGUCUGCAUCGGUCGGGGAAAAUCAGACCCUGCUACGGUCGAUAGUGGUGUCCCCCAGGGUUCAGUGCUGGGACCCAUUUUGUUCCUUAUCUACAUGGACGAUGCCGCAAGAGAUGCAGACUGUGAAGUAGCAAUGGUUGCGGAUGACAUGAAGAUAUGGAGUGUAAUUUGGGGUCCUGUCUACGAAGACAGACUGCAGAUGAACCUGAAUCGGUAGGAGGAGUGGUCAAACCGUUGGCUCCUGCGGUUUAACGUUGCCAAAUGUAGCAUACUUCGCCUAGGCAACACAGCCAGAUCCGCCAGCACAAGAGGCUACUUUCUGGACGGUGCAGCCCUACAAGAGGUUGUAGCCCAAAAGGACCUCGGUGUGCUGACGACCAGUUCCCUAAAGCCAUCCGCCUACUGUUCGAGGGUGGCAAAAACCGCAAUGUCCGUACUGUAAGCCAUCAAGCGUGCGCUUAUGGACUUUGACGAAGAUGCUUUCUCAAAGACAUUCGGAACAUUCGUCCGGCCGCACUUAGAGUACGGCAUACAAGCUUGGAGGCCGUGGGCUGCUGAGGAACAAAACUGCCUCGAAAGGGUCCAGAGGAGAGCCACGAAGAUGGUUAGUGGUCGACACUCCUUUCCUUAUGCAACCCACCUAGUAAAUCUGAACCUCUUUCCUUUGAGUUACAGGCAACUUCGUGGGGAUCUCUUGCAAGCCUUCCGCAUUGUUAAGGGGUUGGAUUGCAGUCUGGUCUUCGAGGACUUUCUUGAAUUUGCUACCCCGACCAACCUCCGAGGUCACCCAUUAAAACUGCGCACUCAGCAUGCAAGGUUGGAUGUACGGAAGUUCUCCUUCUCUGUUCGAGUGGUCAAACCAUGGAAUGCCCUUCCCGCAGAUGUUGUGGUGUCACCAUCCAUACAAAGGUUUAAAAAGAAUCUUGACAUAUUUAUGUUCCGAAAUGACGAAGGGCGAUGAGAAGUAGAGCUCACCCCCUGUAACCCGUUCUCAUUUUGUCCUACAAUUAUGGGUGUGUUUGAUCUAUUUCAGCUCAGAACAUUUACCUGUAUACCACACAUUUUUUUACGUUGCAAAUAGGGUACUCCAAGGCUUUUGCCUAUUUCCCUCAAUAAACUGAACUGAACUGAACUGAGUAGGCCCAUGCGCUAUAUGAAUGGGCGUGGACAGUGAAGGCGGAUACGAUGAGUGUGCACAGGGGCUCUUGGCGUUGCGGAAUAGGGACACCCUAGCCUUGUGGACCUCCCUGCUGGCUUUGUCAGCGGUGAGCCGGUCGACUUUUUCAACGCUGUUGCAAUCUUCACUGCACUUCACCAUGCCGGACGGUUCUUUAAGAGGUCUUCCCAAGUCUUGGAGUUUAUUUGUAGUCGCAUUAUGGAAUUCUUCGGCGUGUCCUUGUAACGAUGCACCAGACUUCCUUGUCGAUGAUUAUCCGUUGCGACAUCUCCAUGGAAGAGUUGUUUUGGUUGGUGCUCAUCGUCCACCAUCAUGGAAUGGCUGAUCUAUUGUGUUUGCUGUUGCUUCAGCGUGCCAUGUAUGCUGAGGAUUCCAGUCCGUUCCUAAACUUCCGGGUCUGGGAUCCUGUCUUGAGACCUUAACACUUGUAUCCGUCUAAUAUAAUUGAGAUGGCGGCAAUUGAGUUUUUGCGCUCGUUUCUUGUAGAUCGUUCAGAACUUCGCAUCAAAAUACGGCAUCCUCAAAAUGACGGCUUUGUACAUUUCGAAUUUGCUGUUGAGGAGAAGGCUGGGACGAUUUCACGCGGAGUUCUGCCGUUAACCGAAAGCUUCUCCGGCUUUGGUUAUCCAGUGGGCCACUUCGUCGUCGAUUUUGGUUAAGCAUGAGAGGGUGCUACCCUAAGCAGGGGAAGUUGUCCACGGCCUUCAGUUCGGUGCCGUUGACGUAGAUGCGAGGAACACUGUAUGCAAAUUUGGAUGACGUUUUAUGCCUAACCGUCAUUUUGUUGGAGCUGACGGUCAGUCCGAAUUUAGGCGCAGCCCGAGGCGAAGACUUUCGUAUUCCAAUGCAUGGCCACUUUUGUCAAGUUCUUCAGCACUUAAUUGUCCGUAAAGUGGAGGUCAGGGACAGUAGUCGUAAAGGGCCGCGUCUAGGCCUGCAUGUGCCGGCUGUUGAGGAAAUGGAGUUCGGCCCUGCAGACGAUGCGGAUCCUGGAUUGCGUUCAUCUGUAUGGCAGAAAGCACGAGACUAAAGAGGGUAUGGGCCAGUACCCAGCCCAACUUCAUUUCGUUGGUUGCCGCAAAUGCUUCUAAGAUGGUCUCGUUGUCGGUGACGCGCGCCAUCACCCUCGCGUGGAGCUGACGCUCUAUGAGUUUGAAUAACCCAAGACAGCCCGAUUUCCGCGUAAUCUUCACCAGUCCUUCGUGAUUCAUCGUGACAAAGGUCUUCUUCAGGUCCAAGAAGAUAGCGCAGAGAUGGGUCCGCCUUCCCUGCCCUUUAUCUUGCAGCUGGUUCCGCGAUGGCGCCGGAAGCUGCACUGGAUUUUCAACAGAAUUCCCUGUUCGAGAUUGCCGUUGGGAUGGUUGAGAAUGGUGCAAGUGAAGACCAUCCCGGUGAUGUUGGCAACAAGACUACUCUGUGGCUGUCAGGCAUCUAGCGGUUCCCUUUCCGCUUUUAGAGAUGGACACUUAUCUGAUUCUUGAAACCCAGGGGAUCUGCCUCGGCGCCACAUCUCCUGAAAUAGCGGCGUAAGUUGAUUGAUCUGUCGGGGACCGCAUUGCUUGUUGGCUUCGGUCGAGAUCGCGUCAGAUCCCGGUGCUUUCCCACAGAGAGUUGGUGAACGGCUCCGAUUGUUUCUAAUAAAAAAUACGGGAGAUCCAGGUCUUUGUUGAUUUCCGCUUGAGAGAAUCGGUCAAUGUCAGCGUCAAAGACUGCAGAUGGGCGGUUAAGGACACUCCUGAAGCGUUUAACUCAACUGUCCAGAGUCUGCGAUUUCUCCGUCAGAACCGUUGUUCCAUCGAAACUGAGAUGUGGCGCGGUAUCUUUAGUUGGGGGCCGUUGAGCAUCUUGGAUGGGACGAAGUUCUUUGUUUCAUUGUGGUCAUCAUACCCCUGGGAUUCCUUGGCUAUAGGAGUCAUCCAUACGUUCUGCAUCCCCUCAGUCGCUGGUGCACGAGGUGGCGUUACCGGAAGGAGGUCGCAUCGUUGCGUCCGUCCAAUGGUCAGUUUAAGCCUUGUGCAGACUGUGCUCCUUUUCGAGCAAGUUUUUGAUGGCUGUGUCAUCGAACUAGUCAUAAUGUUGACGACGUGCGCACACGAGGACGUCUAAGAUGGUGGAUUGGAUAGCGUUCCGCAAAUGACAUCACUGAGUCUCCACAGUGGCGUUGUCUUCCGGGGCCGAAAGUUCUUCCAGGUGCUGAGCCAAUCUAUUGCCGAAAUUUGCACGGUGAACGGACAAAGUCAACGGAACAGUUUUCAGCUUACCUGCUGGUCGCUUAACUUGUGGUAACCUACGGGGCUUUAUUCGGCGCCUCAUACUGGAGAUGACGAGGCAGUGAUCUAUCGGUCGUCGGAGUCACAGAUGGCCUUAGUCACUAAAGCUUCCUUCCACUCUCGCCUUUGGACGAGGACACAAUCCACCAGUCACCAGCGACGAGAUCGGAAAUGCAUCUAGGUUGUCUUCUUCUGCAUCGGAAAGUAGAAAAAGGUGUUAGCAGAAGGAGGCGGUGUCUUGCACAGGUUCGCAAAAGAAGGGCGCGUAGUUGUCGCAGCUGCCGAUUCAGUGGCGGCCCAACCCCCGAACAUUAAGUCAACGAAGUCUGUCCAGACGCGUGUGUUGAAGUCAUAAAAUAAAAGUAGCUUGUCCACCUUCGACACAGUCGCUAGGAGAGCAUGAAGAUAUUCGUCGAACGUAAUAUUCGCUCUAAAUAAGAUUAUUUAGAGCGAUGAAUACCCUGCCAGCACCAGCCGCGGCAAGACGUUGCUACGACGCGGCCAAUAGUGGCCAUUUGGCGCGGCUAAGGCGUGGCCUUCGACACCACAGCCACGUUUGGUCACACCAUUCGAAAAAAAUGCGUGGCGGCACCCCUCAUUCUUCAUUUGUCCCUCCACCCUUACAUAGCCCCCGUUUUUUACUCGCGAGAGCACUCAUUCUAAACUGGCGGCUGUCGCAGUACGAUUACAUGUCACUGAAUCCUCCCAGCCUCGGCUAAACCAAAUCAGUGAUAAAACCCCGCGUAUGCGCACAACCGGACAACCUAUAGGUUCUCCCCAUUCUCUAUUCGUUUCCCCCUUUAUGGCUUCCGUUUUUUACUCGCGAGCGCACUCAUUCUAGACUGUCGGCUAUCGCAGUACGAUUACAUGUCACUGAAUCCUCCCCGCCUCGGCUAAAGCAAAUCAGCGAUAAACAACCCGCUUAAGUGCACAACCGGACAACCUAGUUAGAGUUCACUCUAUCCCACGACAUAGGGAAAUGGACAGACACUGGUUAGAAACAACGGUUUAUUGACAGCCUUACACUCAGUGCAAAAGGCAUAAUGUCAAACGGAACAAGGCACCGAAAUGCGUCUCUCAUUACGCAAUUAAAAGUAAGUUCUAUCAAUGUCAGAUUAUUCCCAGGUCUCCUAAAAAUGUGUACCCGCUAAAUCGGAUAUUUGCAAUCCCGCAAAAAACUGGUCCAUGUAUUGAUAGAGGACAUGGGCUAAAAGGCGUCUGUCAUAGUUUUUAAUCAAAUGCUAUGACAUUUUGACAUUUUUUGUUCUUUAACUGUAUUGCAGGCAACCGAAGUUCGAUCUACUUGCCGGACCGAUUAGUCACAAAUGUCUUCCUCCAACUUCUGCCAAACGGUCUCAUACCUAGUUUGGGCAUGUAAAUCCCCAUAGGUUCUGAAAGGCUGGUUGUAGACCUACUGGAGUCUGUCGGCUAAAUACCAUGACGUGGUGGAGCCAAAAGCCCCCGACAAUGCCCGUAUGACGAUAACGAUCUGACGAUGGAGAGCCUACCAAGCUCUUCGAAGCGUCAGCAUCUAAGUUAACCCGUUCCGGUGAGUCCAUCCUCUUCUUUAAAUAAUCAACCCGGAUCUCUCAACUUUGCCGAUCUGAUAACGGCACCCUUUUGUAUUGGAGGUCCACUACGGCAAUUUUGACGUGCGCGAAACAUAGUUUAUUGAUAAGACAUAUUAGUCCUCAGCGUUCAUGAGCCUAUUAGUCACCGAUCAUUCCAUUCAAGUUUUUUCUCCGCCUUGAAUAUCCCACUUGCCUUCGUUACCUUGCGUUUAUUUUCCAAUAACACCUAUGUUGUUUUAAGCAACUGCAGGCUAUGUCUUUUCACUACACACACAAGGAUUUUUUGGACCAAUUUAAGGCAGCCGAGGGGACUUAUAAGCUUAAAUCAGUCCUCAAUCAAAAAAGUCUCUAUAAUGCCUCUAAUGUCGGCAGACAACCUUCUAUUAGACUCUCUUUCUGCGACAGCCGCAGCGUUUGUUGCAUUAACUCGGGCCGCGAUAUUUACAUUUAUCCCGUUUCCGAAUACCAGGUGAGAUUAGUAACCAUACAAAUGUAUAUGAUUAUGCCAACAUGGUACUGUUUACUGCAUUGAUUGAUAUGUAUAUGUACACGUAUCUGUAUUCCUGCUUUCAAGGUGUACGAAUCCUAUGCUACUCCCGGCAAACGGAGUUUUAAAACAAGCCUGCCGGUUAGCCAUGAUUUCAGCGUAUCGUCUCUCCUAUUAAUUGGAUUAAGCGGUGGGGAAAUUCACAUACUUGAUCCAUUCCAAAAAGAACCAGGGAAGGUUUUCAAUGAAGAGGUAUUUAUUAUUUUUUUCUAAAGUCUCCUUGAAAUUUCAGAAGCAAAUCGAGAGAUCCGCGGUUACGUGCAUUCGAUGGGUUCCGUACUCGACAAACCACUUCUUGGUUGCACAUGCGAGUGGACAUAUGUAUAUCUACAACGAACAGCUACCUUGUUGUGUAAACCUGCCUACUUACCAGCAGUUCAAAAAAGGUUCUGGGUUUGCGAUUUACACCUGCAAAACGAAGUCAACAUGCAACCCAAUGUACAACUGGUCUCUGACAGACUUUGGGCUCACCUCUACACUAGACUCUUCAAAACCUCCUUACUCACACCCUCAUCAAAAUAAGUUACCGGACGAUUUCGAUGCAUCAUCCGCCCUUCUUUCGCCUAUUAAUCAGUUUGCCUUCUCGACUUGUGGCAAGUAUUUGGCUGUCGUCACCGAGGACGGGUAUAUGCGUGUCUUCGACUACCAUCGAAUGGACAUAUACGUAAGGACCUUGUUUGAUUUACAUGUUUCAUUAAAUCGAGUACGUGCAGAAAAUAAAUAUGAAAUGGCCGACCUCCAAACCACAUGUCAUCUACUGGAGUAGAUCUGCGCGUAGCUCAUCUAAAACUAGGCAUAAUUUGUCAUCUUAUGGAUUUCACCAUUACCUUUGGGGCUGAUACAAGAUCUUUCUCUCAAAAGCCACACUGAUUGCCUGCAUUGCCUCUGGCUGUGAGCUGUACACUAUGGUGUUUGUUACCCAAACCGUAUUUACUGUACUCGAUCUCGUGCUUUAGAGCCGGCGUCAUGGGCAGGUGACGUGCAUCUGUGGUCAUUAUUGCCGGCUUUUUAAAUCGGUUGCGUUUAAUCAGUCCCUUGUUUUAAUUCUCCUCCCCAAGCUUUUAACCUAGUUUUGGCGUUAUUCUCCGACGUAUGAUAGUGUCUUGAAGUAGAGAAGCCUGAUGCAUGGGCUAACAUAUGAUCAUCAGAUGGUAGUACUAAGAGCGAUAAGCCAGAAGAGGGUUUUGCGCUGUUGUUGUUUACCAGGAGAGCAGCUCCACGCGUGGCUGCAAUUUAGGUGAAGCUUUACUCUGAUGAUAGGAGGACAACUGCACCCGAUCUCCCCUCCGGUCUUCUCGACCCUGUCUUGACACCGGACCCACGUGGGUGAAAGAGGACAGAGUGCAGUAAAUGCAACGCAUGUCAGCUACCACUACAAACUUAGUCACUUGCAAGUCGCGGUCCCUGCGCCGGCUUCGCUGUUCAUUACGAUGGCCGAACUGUCGGUAAGAGUAACUGGCCUUCGCCUGACCCAACUACGAUGUACACACAAAACACCUGCAGUCAUCAAAAAACGGGUAGAGCCAUAGUUGCACAACCAUUGCGCCGGGCGGCUUGCUUUAGGGGUGCUUCCUGUAAUACGUAGGUUUGAGUUUGGACGAUGUGUGAGGUUUUAUGGAGGGACCUCUUACCGUUUUGUAAUAAGGAAAUUACGUGGUCUUCUUUAUGAAUAACUAAUCUGCCGAGAGGUAUUGCCGGUACACUGUCUGCAAUUGCCCACUUGUUCAACUCGAGAACCUACUUGUUUUUCAGCUACCUUUCAAUGAAGACCCACUAUUCGUGUCUGUGGACGUGUCUGGUAAGCUACAGUUAAGCUAUUGGGUAGGCUCCGCCUACCGAGCUGUUGGUAGCUGGGCUAAAAGUCUAGUGACUGCGGAUUAUAAUGGCGGUAAUGGUCCGCAUUAUGGUUAUUAUGGUGGUGACGGUGGUGAUGUUUCUCCCGACUACUCACUAGCUGCCCUCUAUCGUGAACUGGUGCAUGCGAAGUUCCAGUGGUUUUGAGUCGCGCCAACGUCCGUUUUCUAGCUGCCUCAUCCAUGUUUUGCAUCCGUCAGGGAUCUUUAACUACCAUUAUCCUGACAUUCUCUGCUUGCAUCAAUGUCCUUUGUUUUUAGGGCUAUAUGCGAUCCUAUUUUGGAGGCCUGACUUGCGUUGACUGGUCCCCAGACGGGAAGUUUGUCGUCGUCGGGGGUCAGGAUGAUUUGAUAACUAUUUGGUCUUUCUCAUCGCAAGCCGUCGUAUGCAGGGGCCAAGGACACAAAUCAUGGAUUAACGUGGUCCGUUUUGACCCAUUUGUAUACCCGACGAAAAUGCAGCAAGAUUAUAGUCAAAAACAGGCCACCGGCGAAGCAUCCUGUCCGAACUCAAAGGCACUUACGAACGGCUGUCAGGACAAGGUCGAUGCGACACAACAUACCGGCAACCCGAAUUUUCGUGCAUAUAGGUUUGUUGCCUUAUUGCAUUUUGCUACACCUUACAUGUCCGUAAUGUUGGAGUACAAAACAUGUCCAUACCAAUUGAAGCCGCUGCCAUUCUCUUACAUUUUCAUCCACCUCUGCUUCUAACUUCAAUUUCUUGAGCUUAUUCGCUGCAAUUUUGACCAGGCCACUGCACAUUACCAUAGAUCAAUUCCUCCCUAAUUGCAAAUGGAGUUGACAGUGACAGUGGCCACCCGAGCUUUUGAAAGCACGGCUUCCGCUAACUAACGGUGCCCAUAAUUUACAGCCACCGCCUAUUUUUGCUGCUUUUAAAAGGACUGCUUUCGGGUUUUUUCUAAGCGGCAAGGUAUUGUCAGCACCAUUAUAGAACACGACGUCAGCUGUGUCUGUCCGAAAUACCGUUUUCCGAUUAUCAUAUGUCAUUGUCGUAUUCUUGUCCCUAUUCCAUUGGUUACUUAACAUUGGUGGGCGCAUCUGUUCGCUACUACUAUGUAGUUUGGUUUUUUCCAUGUAACCAUGUCAUAGUUAAUAGUUUAUAGAACUGAUAAGGCUAUAUUUUCUUUCUUCACAUCGGGUUUAUUAUGUUACACAAAAAUGCUGAUCGUUUGACUACUUUUCCAAACAGAGUAACUAUUUGUACUUUUUCCGAGAGCCACAAAAUUACUGUCCCUCAAAAGCAGGAACAGAGAUAUCCUCUGUCCAAAUGCAUUUUUUGCAAGGACAACAUAUAUCAUGGUCACGGAGAAACGAAACCUUUCGAUCAGCGCUCUUCACAAGCAUUGCGAGGGAGCAUGAAUUCUUGAUUGAAGUGCAGUGACACAUUCUAAUCUUAGUAGAGACCUCAUUGUUGUCUUUUGCUUUGACAACCAGUAUUACAUGACGUUUCAGCUUAGAUUUGGUGUUACAUCCCACACAAAUUUAUUGUGGAUCGACAGUUUGUGUUGGGGCCUAGACGAAAACCACAGAGCUGCCGGUAAACCAACUUUUCUGCCUUACGUGCGCUUACCACUCAUUCGCUGUUUCCCAUGCAGGCAGUGCACUCAUCUUUAUAAGAGGAGCUAUCGCCACCGUGCCUACCAGAGUUUUUGAGUUUUUGACAGAUAUCGCAUAAUUUACUAAACCGACAGUACAGGUACUAGCUAAAAACCCAGACUCGUGUUUCGCCGACUUUCUGCUGCUGGUUGCCACAAAUGCUAGGGGGUUCGGCUCAUCAGUGGGUUUCCCGGAAUUUCCCGUGUGCUUUCUGAUGUAUAUGCCAGUUCCGAAACUUCAGCUUUUUAAUUUCCUCAGAAAUUAAUGCGCCAACUUGGAGUAAAUCCUUUGGGCAAACGUUUUUCAGACUCGUUCCAAAAAUCUCUACGGAUAUUUCGACUAAAAUUCCUUUACCAGCGCGGGAUAAGCGCAUAAAAUUCAUUAGUCGCCAACAGAAUUAGUUGGUACCUAUACUGUCAGUAUGUUUAAUUGGGCAAUAUCUGUAUAUUACCGACUGCCUAUUGAAUAUUGGACGGUCGUCCCGCUGUAGCUGAUGAAUUCCGAGGCGAUGUACAGGAUGUCUAGGGGAUCGGAUAUACUUUGCAGGAAUGACACUUCGCAUCUUCUUUUCGUGCUUUUUUGCGCGUGCUGGUUGCCUCAAUCGACCCCUGCCUGGGGGACAUCUCUCAUCUGUCGUUCCAUAAAUCUGUGCUCCGCCUAGUGGCCAAACCUCAAUAACCGCUCCAACUGGCGAGCUUUACUAGAUACAGAUACCCACAGGUUGCGUGGAAUUUGUUUCCUGUAGUACACAGAAACCUGCCUUGCUUGUAACGCUAGUAGACAGAAGAAAUUUGAUGGAGUCAUACACAUCUGGCACGUCUCUUCAUCCGGCGAACUGUAUGUGUAUAUAGACUGCGGAGAGAACACGCCUUUGUUUCGAAGUAAACAAGGGCAAGUCAUUAUAAGGAUUUUAUAGAACUUCGACAAUGUUGGUGAUGUACUUGCUCGCUCCACUCUAUCCUUAAACAUACGUUCUCGCUGGCCGAUGACGAACCUCAAUUGGAGUUCAAGUUACGACGGCCUACUACCAGAGUAAUUCCGUCGGUCAAGUUUAUUGCGAUGGCCGCACUCGAAGCAACCAGUUCUGCAAAAAUCGUGCCUUUCCAAAGUUCGUCGCGACCCCUUCCAUGGCGAAAAGUGCGUAUGUUUUUCCUUGCUGUUGCAUCUCUUUUGAUGUGAAAAGUACUUUAGGAGGAUGACCGAACUGAUUUCCGAUACGCCGUCACCUUGGUCGCUGUUGAGAUAGUCGUGGAAUUCCUUUUAUAGCGAGCAAGUUGAUGGUAUUUUUGGUGUGCCAAUUGCUGAUGACUGUUGAUGGACAUUCCAAUGUCUAAUCUUUGUAUGUAUUAUUCCGCAAAAGGUAUUAUGUCAACUUUGUGUAACUGGUAUAAAGCUUCCCUCCGCACCUGUCACGACACGGUUUAGUUCUCUACGGACCAAACCAAACUGCGGACACAACCUCAACGCAUGGGAAGCCACCCCAGCUACUUCAUGUGGCUUGGCUCGGCAGUCGAAACAGUUAGCCGAAUGUGGCCGCUAAGUUGAUCACAGUUUCCUAGAGCCACCAUAAAUGACCGAUCUCAGUGCGGGGUCAGAGUGGACUACUGUCUGGUGUAGCAAAGCACUCGGAGCCUCCGCCAAUUCACAGAAAUGACCGCCUUCGAGCAUCCCAUUCUUUCCAGUUGUGAUAUUACAUGGUGGCUUACAGUUGCAGCCAUUGAAGGAGGCGCUGCAGAAACAGCUGCUUUAGUCCCAACAGCAACUGACAGUUCAUUCUUACGCGGAGAGAGGCAGGCUCCUAAUGGAUCGGCUAGUCUCCUUUUGUGUGUAUCGCAGGCCGUGCUCACUAUCCGCCAGUGUUGUCAUGCACACUGCCAUUGCAUUUUUGCGUUUAACUCCAAGUUCUUUCAUUUUAUUUCCUCCCCAGUCUCAAACAGUCGGGCUUUUGACCUCAAACGAUUUUAUUUGCUAUUCGUUGGACGGUAAUUUUAUACUCGUGUUUUUUAAAGUGAGCGCCGUCGGGCACGUUGCGAAAUUUCUAUACCUAGAGAAUGUUGCAUCAAAUGCCUCAUGUCCACCACUGAAUGCCUAAACUUUUAGAGUUCCACAGACAUCUUCAUCGAUCGCAUCCUGCGUCGUAGGGAGUCUAGGCAAUGGCUUGCUGCCAGGGUCCCCGGUCGCGUUUGUCCAUACUGUGGUUGAAUUGUCUAAGCCAGUGGUGACAAAUGAAGCCGCAGUGAAUUUUAGAUAAUAUUCCUCACGUGAUAUUACUACCUUGCCUUAUGGUCCUGUUACUCUAUCGCCGUCGGGUUUUUAUGCUCCCAGUCGUAGGCGGUCACAUAACAAAUGGGCAGUUUUGUUGUCUUACCCUGCUUGCUCGGGCUGGGUGGCCCGCUUUUGAAAAAACAAACUGGGCUUCACGUUCUUGACUUAUCUCCCUCUCGCCGCCGCCGCCGCCGCCGCCGCCGCCGCCGCCGCCGCCGCCGCCGCCGCCGCCGCCGCCGCCGCCGCCGCCGCCGCCGCCACCACCACCACUAUUAUUAUUAUUAUUCGCCUACUUCGACUGCUUUGACUUAAACAAUGCUCUUUCACCCACUGCCCGCACGCCUAGGCUGGGAUCUGUAGGUCAGGAUACACUUCUCUGUCUUUGGGAGCUGACUGAGGACAUCAUUCGACAGGGCAUCCGAUUCUCCACCGCAGCUACACGCGAUAUCUCCCCUUCUUUGAAUAACUGCCUUGUCUUAAACGACUGCGAUCCUGACUGCAGAACUCUGCCGUCAUCUUCGGCAGGCCUGUGUGACAGGUCCAUCCAGUUUGGCCAAAAAAGAAGUCCCAUUAUACCGCCGUCGGCCACCCUGGUCUCGAGCACCUUACCACGUAGCAAGAGAAAACCGUUUAACUUCAUCCUUACCUACAGGCCUAACUCUAAACCUGCUGGUCAUUUCCUGCCCGUGGUCACUACCGUCUCGACUGCGGUUGAGAGCCUGGUGGAGUCUGGCAAGUCCUCCACUCUCACCGACAGUGGGGUAUCGUUCUCGGGUAACACCGGUCUCUCCAAUGACUUCCUCCGUAACGGGGCUCUGCACAAUCACGUCCAGCUCUCUUACAUAUCUCGAGAGUAA